UAGUAGUGAACGUAGUGUGAGAGUCGUGAUGUCUUUUUGGCGUCUCGACGUCUCAAGUCGAUCAAAUCAAACAUGUUUCCGUCAUGUAUGGGAUCAACUUUGUUGUAAUUAAACGUUUCGUUCUAAUAGACAUCAUAAUAGCAGUAAUUUAAUUAAAAGAAACCGCCAGUCAUAAAGCUACAACCUUCACAUUUUUAAUUGCCUACUUUAAUGUUAGCUUUAACGAAGCAAGGUUCACAAAAUAUGUUGCUGAACAAGUUGUACCAGUGAAUUUUUUGAGUAGUUUUUCGAAUAAUAAUUUGUAGAAAAUGUCGUUCAUAAAGUGUUGCUUUGACGGCCUUGAAAUAGCAGAAGUCUUGGACACUUUUGCCCAAAAAUGCACGGAUCCGGGCUGCUGCUGCGGCUGUUGCAGUGCUUUCCGACCGAGGUACAAGAGAUUCGUCGAUAAUAUUUUCCCCGUCUACCCCCAAGAUGGCUUGGUUAAAAACAACAUGGAAAAACUCACGUUCUAUGCCCUCAGCUCGCCAGAGAAACUUGACAGAAUUGGGGAGUAUAUGUACCAGAGAGCGGCGAGGGAUAUUUAUAGAAGGAGAUAUGGGUUUGUUAUUAUCGCGAUGGAAGCUAUGGAUCAGCUGCUGUUGGCUUGCCAUGCACCUGCCUUGAAUUUAUUCGUUGAAAGCUUUCUGAAGAUGGUGCAGAAGUUGCUUGAAUCUACUGAGCCCGAGUUACAAAUUUUGGCGACUCAGUCGUUCGUAAAAUUCGCCAACAUUGAAGAAGACACCCCUUCCUACCACAGGCGUUACGACUUCUUUGUAAGCAAAUUUUCCGCCAUGUGUCAUAGUAGUGAAGGCGACCAGAUUCGAAUUGCCGGUAUCAAAGGUCUCCAAGCCGUGGUCCGAAAGACCGUCUCGGAUGACCUCGUCGAAAACAUAUGGGAACCGGUGCACAUGGACAAAAUCGUUCCCAGCUUGCUCUUCAACAUGCAAAACGCUCGUUUUCUUGAUAACGAAGCCAAAGAGGUCAUUCCCGAAGACCAAACCGACCCACCGAUGCUUGCUGAAACCUGUCUUAGGGAACUUGUCGGGCGAGCUUCUUUUGGACACAUUCGGGCUGUUCUUAAGCCGGUUUUGAAACAUUUCGACUUGCAUAAGCUUUGGGCACCCGAGGAUAAUCCGAAUAAUAACGAAUUCGCCAUUCAUACAUUUAGGAUAAUUAUGUUUUCGAUUCAAGCACAGUAUUCUUACACUGUUGUGGAGACACUAGUGGCCCAUUUAGACGACAACGCCAAAUCUAGUCCGAUUAUCCGAACGAGCAUUUCGGGAGUUUUAUCAAAAAUCAUUGCCAUAGCGGCUGGCGAAAGCGUAGGUCCGAUGGUACUCGAGAUAAUUAAUUCAUUAUUAUGCCACUUAAAAGAUUCAGUUAAGCAUGGCACAAGUAUGACUGAAGAAAAGCAAUAUCAGGAUGCGUUAAUAAAUGCGUUGGGUGAAUUCGCUAAUCAUUUACCCGAUUAUCAGAAAAUUGAAAUUAUGAUGUUUAUUAUGAGCAAGAUCCCAUUUCCGCUUGUUGACAAUCAUACCCCCGCCGAUAAUUUGUUGCAAAGUAUUUUAUUGAAAAGUUUAUUGAAAGUGGGUACUAAGUACCAAACUAUUCAUUUGAAUUCAACGUUUCCGGUUUCCUUUUUGGAGCCUUUGUUGAGGAUGUCGCUGGCACCUGAUCCUGAAAUGAGGCUUUUGGUGCAGAAGAUUUUACAUACGUUGCUGGAUAGGCACCAGAAUUUGGAGAAGUUAACUAAACCAACAGUAAACGUGAGCAAAUUAAACCUAGUAUUGGAGAAAUCGUCUCGUCCUGACCUAAUUUUUAUCAACAAACACGGCCCCAUCAUUUACGACGCUCUCUACACCAGUCUCCAAAUGGAAUCCAACACGCCAGACAACGUGGAGGCAGUCUACACGACGCUGGCUUUAUUAUGCGUCGAACUGGCGAGCGCUGAAACCGUUAUCGACUUAUUACAGUUAGUCUUAGGGAUCCAAAGUCUCGCCUUAAACAGCACGACCCUUUCUACGCCCCAAAAAUUCAACCUUCACGCUUUGGUGAUCAGCCUUUUGGUGCUCAUCCCCAGCGUGGUGACUAUUCCCCCAUUGUUAGAGUACGCUAAUCAGAUUGUAGAGGCGAGGACACAAGAGGCACCGCAUUUAUUGCCCGAUUUGAUGGUGCACUACCCUCAAGAUAGCGAAGUGGCAAAUAAAGUGCCGCAUCUUCUGGUCGAUCAAAUGGCCGUGUGUGAGAAUCUCAAGAGUGGGGGGAUAGAUCCGUCGAGGUUGGCUCAAACAUCGCCCUAUGGUGCCGGAGGCCCAGGAGUUGUGGGUGGAGGACAGAGGAAUAGUUGGAUCGAGACGGCUAGGGGCAGUGUUAUUGAUAUUAAUGCACCGCAAGAGGUCGAUAGCGUUUCGAGUAGUCCAGGAGUUCAAAGGAAAAUGGUUGAAGAGGAAUUAACCUUUGAAAGUAUGAAAAAAGUAUUGACCGAAUCGGCGGAAACUCGGAAAGAGGCGGAAGCACGCAGACGCAAACAAUUGAGUGAUACUUUCCGAACAGCGACUUUUUCGGAACUUGUCAGACGGACUCAGCCCAAACAUGAUGUAUUACAGAAUAAGUUGAAUGAAAUUUUCAAAUCGUUGAGUGCGAAUGAAAGACGUAACCCUACCGAAGAAAAGAAGAUCGAGAAACCAGCAUAUGAACAAAAUUUUCCCGAAUUGUUCUUCUAUUGAACUUCCCGCUUAGCAAUAAUCCUGUCUUAGUGUUUGUUAUUGUUUGUGAAAAGUUUAUAAAUAUGUUACGUAUUUUUCUAGAGGUUCUAAUGUUUGAGAGGUGAAAAAAUAAACGAUUAUUCCUGA